CGAGGAAUAUCCGGAGGAUGACGACGCGGGGGGUGGGGGUGGCGCUGGCGCGCGCGCGGUCGCUGUCGGCGGCAGGCGUCAGCCCUCCUCCGCCUGCCCUGCCGAGCACCAGCAGACACCGCGAGAAAGUACAAAGCGGAGCGCCACCACCCCCGGUCAGCCAACCCACCCGCCCUCUCUGUCGCGCUGCCGCUGCGCCUGCGCUGACCCUUUCCACCACCCCGCCUCGCCUCCGCCGGCCGGCAGGCGGCGGCUAGUGGCCGCCUCGCCCCGCUCCAAGACAUGGCCGCCCGCUUCCUCCUCCUCCUACUCCCUCUCUCGCUCUCGCUCGUCGUCUCCGCCGCCGCCGUGACGGCCCGUGCCCGCCUCAGCCAAGUGGAUGCGGGGAGGCGGCUGAAGGAGGAGCUGUGGGGGAGGAACAAAGGGCACGAGAUGGUCGGGUCGUGGCGCGACGGUGACCCGUGCUCACCGUCUCCCUGGGAAGGGUUCUCCUGCCGAUGGAAGGACGGCGAUCUCGUCGUCGAAAGGCUGAAUUUUUCUUCAAAGAAACUGCAGGGCCCGAUUCCCACCGCAAUUGGUAACUUCACAGAACUAGAUGAGCUUGAUCUGCAGGACAACAACUUCACUGGAUCUAUUCCAGAAUCUUUCACUGGUCUCACACACUUGUUGAAGCUGUCAGUAAAGUGCAAUCCUUUCUUGAACAAUCAGCUACCUGAUGGCCUAUCUAUCCACGUGGAAUUCAGCUAUGGAGGCUGCGGUUAUCAUAGUCCACCUGGAGUUGCCAAUAGGAGAAUAUCCGUUAUUGGUGGUGUUGCCGGAGGAUCUUUGGCAUGUACUUUUGCACUUGGAUUUUUCUUUGUUUGUUUCAACAAGCGUGAAAAGAAUCCUCAGAAAACAGACUGCUCUUCUACAACAAAUCCUGUUUUUGAAGAAUGUAGCACCCGUAAAGCUACAAACUCUGCAGUACAGCAGUUGUCACUUAAAUCAAUCCAGAAUGCAACGUGCAACUUCAAAACCUUGAUAGGCGAGGGUGGGUUUGGAUCGGUUUAUCGUGGUACACUAGCACAUGGUGAAGAAGUUGCCGUAAAGGUUCGUUCGGCCUCGUCAACACAGGGAACGCGUGAAUUCAACAAUGAGUUGAGGCUUCUUUCUGCUGUGCGGCAUGAGAAUUUGGUCCCACUAAUUGGAUAUUGCUGUGAAAAGGAUCAACAAAUUUUGGUCUAUCCAUUCAUGUCCAAUGGUUCCCUACAAGAUCGCCUCUACGGUGAGGCGUCAAAAAGGAAAGUUCUUGAUUGGCCCACCAGAUUAUCUGUUUGCAUUGGUGCUGCUAGAGGAUUAGCACAUCUGCACAGUUUUGCUGGCCGCUGUAUCAUACACAGAGAUGUCAAGUCCAGUAACAUACUCCUGGAUCACAGCAUGUGUGGCAAGGUUGCAGACUUCGGUUUUUCUAAGUACGCACCUCAAGAAGGGGACAGUAAUGCAUCAAUAGAAGUGAGGGGGACUGCUGGAUAUUUAGACCCUGAGUACUAUUCGACUCAGUCAUUAUCAACCAAGAGUGAUGUGUUCAGUUUUGGAGUGGUUCUCUUAGAAAUUGUAACCGGAAGAGAACCCCUUGAUGUUCAGAGGCCUAGGGAUGAAUGGAGCUUAGUUGAGUGGGCCAAACCAUAUAUCAGGGAAUACAGAAUUGAAGAAAUCGUUGACCCUGGCAUAAAAGGGCAAUAUUGUUCAGAGGCCAUGUGGAGGGUCCUUGAGGUUGCAUCAGUGUGCACUGAACCCUUCUCAACCUUCCGGCCAAGCAUGGAAGAUGUUGUCAGAGAGCUAGAGGACGCUUUGAUAAUAGAGAACAAUGCUUCAGAGUACAUGAGGUCCAUCGAAAGCACAGGGACACUCGGCUCCAACCGCUAUCUGUCCAUUGACAGGAAGAUGUUUGCAUCAGGUUCAGCUCGGUUUGCAUCAUUUGAUGCAACGAAAGGGCAUUUGCAAACGAUGCCUUCUUCACUUCCGAGAUAGCUGACUGUGCAACGGCUGUCACUAUCACUCUAUCAGGAUCCAGAAUGUGAAUUCGUGAUGCUUCUGAAGUACAAGACUGAGUUCAAGGCGUCAACCAAUGAUUGUCCAAGACCAUUUGUACCCUGUACAGAUAUCAGAAUUCAGAGGUCAUGCAGUGACCACAUGGGAAAAGCUUCCCAAACAGAGGCAGUCUGGUCAUUGCAGUUUCUAUUGAUUCAAUGCUUUAGAAUGUGUCCUGCCUAGACUACUCGUUGAACAUUGUUUCGGUCUUCGAGGGCUAGAGAAGGUCGGGUAGCAUCACUUCAUUGUUUCGAUUCUUCCUGCUUCAGAAUGUGAUUACGAUGGAUGCAAUUAAUCUAGUAUUACAUUGAAUUUUCCUAUCUUUCUAACAAUUUGAGGUGUAUUAUUGACGAUGCUUGUUCCCAAGUGUCAUUAUACAGGAAGUGUCAAUUUAGAUGGAAUGGAACACGGUGCUACUAUCAAAGUUUUGAGAUCUUUUGAUU